AUGGAAACGUCUGGACGACGUCAAGCUUCAGCCACCGCUUCCGAAGACGACGCAGCCCUCGAAAUUACUCCAGCUUGUUGGUGUCGUUACUACUCCUGUUUGACUAUUUUCUUCAUCCUCGUCCCUCUCUUCUUUGGAGUUAUUCACAGCCUGGAGAGAAAAGGUUGUUACGUGGACCUCUUUGCUCACUCCGUCUAUGUCUCAAACUCAAGCACAAGGGCAAACGUUUCAACCGCUGAUUGGAGAAUCGUUAUCUCCGAGGUGUCUCCGCCGUUGUAUGGCCUCGAGCCACUUGUUACGUACGAAAAAACUGAUGAGUCGUCUACGACUAUCGAUUUCAAAACGGUGGUGACGACGGGAGCUAUCGGCAGCGUGGUAUGGGAUUAUCGGGUGGAGAUUGUCGCCGGAUUGAAGCUAGACCGUGGACAUGGUUUCGUGACUGUGUUUUGCGGGGAUAUUCCGGUGAAACUCACGGCGGAUCCGGCAGGAAAUAUGGUUGGAUCGUUGCUUGGAAGUAUGCGACGAUGUGACUAUUUAAUCCGGGAUAACUUGAAUCUUCCCGAUCAUGCAUAA